UUCCAAGGCCUGAGGCUCUUUCAUGUUCACUCUUAUACGACAUCCUCGGCCAAUGUCGCUGUGAACUCCUUCAAGGCAGACCGGUGCCCUCGCUGUUGCUCUCUCACCUCGUCGACGACUUCUUAGACGUGCGAACACUGCUGGACAGUCUUCGCGACCACUCCCUCGUAAUAGUAUUCAGCAGCACGGUUCACGGUUGGCGUCCUUGUCAUUGCUGGUCCUGACAUCCACAUUCAACCAUUGAUCCUUCGCCAUCCCGAGACUUGUAAUCGGUCAGACACCUUUCCCAUACCUGCUCAGCAAUGGCGACAUCUAGGGACAAGGAGAAGAAGGCAGCGUCAGCGGCGAUCAAGGACUCGCCGUCCUCCAAGUCUUCCAAGAUGCAUAGAAGGUCGAGAUCUGGUUGCUUCACCUGUCGGCUGAGACGAAAGAAGUGUGACGAGGGCAAAUCGAAAUGCAGGGCAUGCCGACAUUUAGGCCUUGACUGCGAAUACAAGAGGCCCCAAUGGUGGAGCAACAACGAAACUCGAAGGAAACAGAAGGAGUUCAUAAAGACCGUCAUCAAAAGGACCAAGACAACUGAGAAGACUGUGGCGGCCCAGAGUACAUAUGGAACCAGGGAAUCGUCGUCAUCUGGAUCGCAAGACGACUACGAUAUCAAUUUCGACCCGGCCUUUGUGACCACGCCAGGCCUCUAUGACGCUUAUGGCACGAGUGCGUUCCUGCCACACGGGGACCCAUAUGGACCAGGCUAUCCAUGGGAAGUGGAUGUCAAGACAGAGUGUCAGACCUUUGUCAACGAUGAACUCACCCGUCGUGACUCGUCAAUUUCAACCUUCAGCACCUUCAUGCCGCCACCUCCUCCUCACACGAUGCUACCAUCCUACACUGGCGACGACUGGGUUCAACAGGACUUCUACGAGCAUAGACAAGAUUCAUGGGCUACAGAGGAUGGCAUCGAUUUUGACUUCUUCGAGUUUCCCCACCUUGCUCGGCACCCCGAACCCCAAUUCGCGACGAUGAUCCAACUCGAGGAUUGUGACCGCCCACUUUUUGAUCACCUCCUCGACAGUGUCCUACCACUACUCUUCCCUGUCUUGGAGGCCAAUCAAGUCGGUACGGUGAGGCAGGAUGUUGUGCUUCCUGCCCUAGAAAAUAACAAGGCCUAUCUACACUCCUGUUUGCUCGCCGCGGCAACUCACCUGAAGGAUACCAGAACAGCUUUUGGCAUGACCGUCGAGGACGACACAAUGCGCCACAAGCUCGCUUUCGUUUCCAUUGUGGUCGAGGCACUCAAUGGUGACACUCACCAUAGCGAGAUGCUCGACGCACUGCUGGGCAUGAUCUCGCUACAGGGUUGCGUUGGCUCCGCCUCUGAUCUUGAGAAGGAGCUCAUCCCAUGGCAUCAGCACUUCCAAACUGCCGCCGACAUUGUGCAGAAGCUCAACCUCCCCGCCGUGCUGGAAGAGCUUCCACUGACUGGUGGCCACCCGCCGUUCAACAUGACCCUGACUGCAUGGAUUGAUAUUCUUGGCUCCACCAUGCAGGGGAAAGCUCCUCGGUUUUCCAACACCUACCGCAACAUGUUCUUUGCCAACGCCACGACCGGUCUCGAAAAGCUGAUGGGCUGCAACGACCUCGUCAUGUACCUGCUGUCGGAGGUUGCUUGCUUGGAUUCUCUCAAAGUUGAAGGCAGGCUUGACGAUAUCGGCAUAUCCAGCCAUAUCAUAUCGCUCGCGAAGACUUUGGACCAGAUCGAACCUACCGAGCCUCCGCAAAUUCCGUUCUCGAAACAGGGUAAGCUACGACCACAACAACUGACUAAGAACAUCACGGCGGUGUUUCGCAAGGCCACUCGAGUCUACCUUUGUUCGCUGGUUCCAGAAUACGACCGUCACCAGCCCGCUACCGUCAACCUCAUUUCGCAAAUGGCCGAUCUGCUCCAAUAUAUUCCUUCCGGCCCCAAUGGUUUUGACCGAUGCCUUGUCUGGCCCAUGCUGAUCUGUGGUGUCAACUCCAUACCAGCGUCGCCCUUCCGCCGCAUGCUCUCGGAACGAUGUGAUAUGCUCGGCGAAGCAGCCGAUCACGGAUCAUUCGGACGAAUGGUGCGUUUGUUGCACGAAGUCUGGAGAAGGAAUGAUGACAUGGUUAUCUCUGCCGGUGUAUGCGAAGCCACGCCCGUCACUGCCCGAAGCCCAGGAGAAUCGGUAUCAACGCCCACUGGCCCUGUCGUCAACGCCGUCAUUGCCACUGCCGCCGCCGCCAAUCCGAAUUCUUCAACCACACUACCAAGGAGCCAGAACGUCCACUGGAGGGACGUGAUGCAGCAAAAUGGAUGGGAUUUUCUUCUGAUAUGACCAGGUCUGCUUGAUCAACAACUUCAAACCUCUUGAUGUGUACCCUGGUCUUGAUGACCUGCGAUACCGAGGUUUGUCGUCUUUGAGCUCCAAGCACACCUGCCAUCAUAUUGGAACGACACUCUUUUCACAUUUGAUGAGUCCUUUAUCAAGGACGAUGACCUGUUUACAGCCACUCAUUCACAAAUACCCCAUCUUAUUGUUUAAUUCUUUCAGGGAAAGGGUUAAUAU